AUGGAGGAGGCCAUAUGUGGUGGUGUCAAAACUUGGCAGCCAGGCUCCAUCCUCUCAAAUGAGAGGCAGGCAAUAAAGAGGCAGGCUGCCCAGACUCAUAACUCCCCACGCCAUCCGCGUCCAGACUCCACCCCGGCACAUCCCCGGUGUUGUGGAAGUCACGCUGUCCUACAAGUCAAAGCAGUUCUGCAAAGGUGCCCCUGGAGAUUUGUCUAUACCGCCCUGAACGAGCCAACCAUCGACUACGGCUUCCAGAGGCUGCAGAAGGUCAUCCCCAGACACCCCGGAGAUCCUGAGCGGUUACCAAAGGAGGUGCUGCUGAAGAGGGCGGCCGAUCUCGUCGAAGCCCUGUAUGGAAUGCCCCACAACAAUCAGGAGAUCAUUCUGAAGAGGGCAGCUGACAUCGCCGAGGCCCUGUACAGCGUUCCCCGCAACCACAACCAGAUCCCCUCUCUCGCCAACACAGCCUCCCACGGCAUGAUGGGAGUUAACUCCUUCGGCAGCCAGCUAGCAGUCAAUGUGUCUGAGUCACAAGGGAAUGACCAAGUGGGCUACAGCCGGAACACCAGCAGCGUGUCCCCCCGGGGCUACAUCUCCAGCAGCACCCCGCAGCAGUCGAGCUACAACACCGUCAGCAACAGCAUGAACGGCUACGGCAACGCCGGGAUGAACCUGGGCGUGCCAAGCUCCCCAGGGUUCCUCAACGGAUCCUCUGCCAACUCCCCAUAUGGAAUUAAACAAAAGAGCGCCUUCGCCCCUGUGGUCCGACCCCAGGCCUCCCCACCCCCCUCCUGCACCAGCGCCAACGGCAACGGACUGCAAGGUGAGCCCCCCUCACCCCCUCAUCCCUUCCCUACGGACUACUGGUCAGAUACCGCUGCUCAGGCCUCUGUCCGGUUCGCCAUGUCCGGCCUGGUUGUCCCUCCAAUGUAAAUGCACUUUCAUCAUCUCAAGCACCAGUUGACACUCUACCACUUCAGAGGACAACAGAAAAUGCCCCACCCCGCCCCCCCGCCACCUGCCCCCCCGCAGCCCCGCCCCCUCCAAACCCCACACACGCCCCCCCUCCUCUCCAGCACACCACAAAAACGCUGGUGUAAUGUAUAGUCAAUCGCUUGUUUUUGUUUUUGUUUUUUAAAGAUGAAGAGGGAAAAAAAAAGACUUUCGUCCAACCUACAGAAAAAGAAGGAUUUCACAAAGGAACAAUAUUUUUUUUUUCUCUGUGGGAUUUUGUUUUUGUUUCUUUGUUUAUUGUUUUUUUUCCUCUCCAUUCUAUCACCCUUGAAGAGGACACGGGGAUGACGAAGGGUUUAUUUUGUAUACCUGUUGGGAUUUUUUUCGGACAUGUCCAAUCAACCACACACACUCAAUACUGGAAGGGACUCUGUGGACUCACCAUCACGGUUGUAAAGUAAAAACACUGAUGUACAGUACAUUUGCCAAUGAACUUGUUUGCCUCAGAAAAAUGUUUUUGUUUCCUUUUCUCUCUUUUAACAGAUCCACAACAGUUGUGCGUCUUUAUAAUGUGAUUUUUUUUUUUUUUUUUUUUUUUUUUGUAUUUUUACGUGUGAGGAAAAAUACACCAGGGGCCAAGACAGUUUGAACAUUUCAACUGGAAAAUAUAUAUGGAGUUAUAUAUAUCGUGUAGAAAAAUCGAUCAUAAAAGUACAACAAAUAAGAGUUAA